AUGCAGUUGGAAUAUCCUCCGAUAUAUUCAUUCCCACCUUUGUAUACUAGACAACCAAACAAGAUAAUCAGAACAAAGCAAAUCGAGUCAUGGAUCACCAUAAUAUUAGAUCUAGCUUCGAAGAAUAAACUUUGGACAAUAAGUAAAGAUGGUACUAUAGAGAACAGUUUAAACAUAUUUCAGAAUAACGACAUAGGGAGGUCAGUUCCACCGCUUUUCAUCGUUGAAAUAAUGAAAAUUAUGUUCACAAAUGGUCAAUUAGUUUCGAAAUCUGAUAAAAAAUCAGAUUUUGAUAGUGAUUUGUCUAAUGAAUUCUAUAUAUUGUGGAAGCCAAUAGAAUCGUGGGGAUCACUCAUACUAGAAUGGUUUGAAACUUCUAAUAAGAUGAAUCAGGUCGUGACCUUAUACGAAUUAGGAGAAGGUGAUGAAUCCAUUGGAUGGGAAUUUCAUGAAAUGCCAGCACCCUUACUUGUCAAGUCAUUGAAAAAUUUAGUGAGCAGAAAUAGAUGUACUUUGAUUAAAGAUGAAAAUGAUAAGUAUAUUGCCAUGAAAGUCAUUUGA